UAAAAAGGUAAUUUUAUACUGAAAAGAUGAUUAUUGCAGCCGUCGUUGCUCGUUACAUACGUAGCUCAGUCGGUAAGUGAGAGCUGUCCAUUGACGACCGUGUUGCUCUUUGCAAAUCUCUGACGAAAAAGGAAAGCAUGGCGGCUGCGGCAUCGUUGCAGAAUCUCCUGAAAGUCGGGACUAAAAUCGUCGCCGUCGGUCGCAACUACGCAGCUCACGCCAAAGAACUCGGGAACGCCGUACCCAAGGAGCCGGUUUUGUUUUUAAAGCCGACAUCUUCGUAUUUGGAAAAUGGAGGUACAAUCGAGGUUCCGCACCCUUUGAAUUCCUUGGAUCAUGAAGUUGAGCUUGCUGUCGUGAUCGGACAAAAGGCUCGGGAUGUGCCUGAAAAGACUGCCAUGAAUUAUGUCGGAGGCUAUGCUUUAGCACUGGAUAUGACUGCAAGGGAAAUCCAAUCUGUUGCAAAGGUACAAAUAUUAUUCCUUGUGAUUUAUCAUUCACAGAUUACUGAACUGAAAAUUUUUGUGCAGUUGCCGAUGUCUAUGGUGCCUGACCCGGAAAACUUGGAGCUGUGGUUAAAGGUAGAUGGAGAAACACGACAAAAGGGUUCCACCAAGGACAUGAUUUUUAAGAUUCCUUGCCUCAUUAGCCACAUAAGUUCCAUUAUGACACUUUGUGAAGGAGAUGUCAUAUUAACAGGCACUCCUCAAGGUGUUGGCCCUGUAAAAGUAGGCCAGAAGAUAAGUGCUGGGAUAACAGGCCUUGUAGAUGUUCACUUUGAUGUUGGAAAACGCCAAAAACCAGGAAACUGUUGAGCUAAGCGCAUCUAUGCUGCAGCAACCAGAGCUUGUUUAAGAAGAAUUUAUCCUUUAAUUUCUGAUUCAACACUGCAGACGCCCUGCACAUCCUUCUAUUGGAGUUAACCAAGCAUCUGGGCAGCUAAAAACAAACAUUAAAAUAACCCAAGCAUCUGAAACACAGCCCUUGGAUCUUUCUGGAACUUGCAGUGAGGUACACUGCAACCAACUUAAAACGAAUGCCUGCUGACCUUUGAGAACUUGCUCAUUUGUGUGGAUUGUGCUUAAUUUCUUUGAUUGAAGAAACUCUAUUGUGAACUUGUGCUAAAGUAGGAAAUGAAAGAAAGGUACAGCAUUUAUCAUGCAA